AUGGUGAUGACGGUGGAUGAUCUUACAGACAGCCUAUCGAACCAGUCCAUGAGAUAUGGGACGGUGAGACUCUCCGUCCCUCCCGGAUUCCAGAACAUCAUCCGCCUCAUCUCUCACGAGGUCCUCCGGGAGCAGCCUAAGGACAACAUCAAGUUCAUUGCAGACUUCCUCCAGGAUGUACUCAAAAUCAGAGACAGUACUGGAUAUGACCCCGUCUUACAGGGAGACCUCAUCGAGCGUGUCCAGGCCCAGUACAGCCAGCUGAGGAAGGAUAGAGCAGCAUUGGCAGAGCAGAAAGCAAAGAGACCGGUACCAGAGCAGGAGGGCGGGGGUAGGCCCGGAGGAGAGGCAGGGGGAGAUACCGGCGGCCCUGCUACCAAGAAACUCGCUACAGAAGAACCACCAGCAGCACCAGAAAGUGAUGUCAUUGAGAAAGUGGCGGAGUCAGCGAAUGAGGUUGCAGAGGAGGCAAAAGAGGUGGAGCCUGAGCAAACACCUGUUACCACAGCUCCUGAAGAAGCACAGGCUGCACCAGAAGCAGAUGAAGGUGUACCGUUAGAAGCAGAAGCAGCGUUGCCAGACACUGAGGAGGUACCAUCAGAAAGUGAUGCUGUACCAGAAGAAAGUCAACCAACACCUCAGGAAACUGAAGAGGUACCACCUGAAACCACACAAGAGGGUGCAGCAAGUACACAGGAACCGACUGAACCGGCACCGGAGCCGACUGAACCAGCACAAGAACCUCCAAUCACACACGAGGAACCAAGCGUUGCUACAGAAGAACAUUCAGAAUCAACCUAGUGUGAAUAGAAUUCACUGAUUAUAUUGUAACACAUUUUCAUCACCAAAUUUAUGAACUUUUUAUCACACUGAACUUCCAAACAUCCCAUCUGACUUCUUCAUAAGGUUGUUUUUAAUAAAUGGUAAGGUACAAGGUUUGUCAUUAUUAUUCCAUUGGGAAAAAAGUACUUUUUAAAUUAAGAAAAAAGUAUUGGUCCAAAUUCAUGCAUGUGAUUCAGAAUUUUGAAGUACUACAGCAGCUACUUUCAAAUGAAUGGUUCUUACAGUAGUAUUGAUUAAAGAUUAUAUUUAAGAUUUUAUAAUGUAAAUGAUACAAUCAGUCAUAUAAUUGCCUGUUACAAUAACUACCAUUUUGUAUGGCAAGGCUGUGCCCAACCAUGUACACGAAAUUACAACCAAUUGAAAUUAUUGAUUGUAUUUCUCUAUGUUACAUGCCUUAGUUGUGGUAACAGUCUCUUAAUUCCUACAAAAUGUUCAUGAAAUAAUUAACAUGUGCCAAAUGGUGCCGAUAGAAAUUCAGACAUUGAUCAGAAUUAGUAAACUUAAUAGGCAAGGCAUUCUAUAUUUCAUGCUACCAAUUUUUUCAGUAUACUCAAAUUUUUAGGUAGUUUUUUGUCUCACCUGCGAAGCAAAGUGAGACUAUAGGCGCCGCUUU